GCGCUUUGCGCGGCGCGGUGGCCUCGGUGGCGCAGCGAGGUGGCUGCUGCGAUGGGCGACGAGCGCCCGCGUGCUUGCGGGUGAUAUUCCGAAACCUUCCCGAAAUAGGCGGCGGUGGCGGCGGCCCCGCAAGCCUCACCUCCGCCACCGCCGCUCGUCCCGCACGGGGACACGUUCCCGAAGCGCUGCCACCCCCCUCAGCAACCCUGCGCCGGCCACGCGCCGCGUCCAGGCCUCCCUCGGCGACAGGUCACACGUGCUCAAAAAUCAACCGGGGACAAAGCUAAAUAGCUUUUUUUCUUUAAGCCCCCGUCCUUGGCAGCUGCCUGGGUGGAUAAGUUGCAGCAGCAGCAGCGGAGCUGGCGAGCCGGGGACACCCCUGCCGCGCACCUGCGUUUUGGGCCUGCAAUAAACAUUUAUGGCAUGAAAAAUGUUCUCGCCACGGUGCCACAAAGGGACGUGGGGGACGUCUUCGUCUCCUCCUGGCCGCCGCUCGGGGCAGCUGGACCCCGUCCCCACGGCUGGAGCUCGGAGGCGCUGAGAUUUGCUGACCUCGGUUGCCUCCCCGCAGCCACCAAACUGACCUUUACCCCCCCCCAAAAAAAGCGCAGACCGGCACCACGGUCUUUGCAGCAAAGCAAAAGCAGCGUUGGCAGGAGGGGACGGAGGAAAAGCGAGUGUAAAGCUGCCCCUCGCCUGCCCAGCCCCUUGGGUGGCGGAAGACCCAGGUGCUCUCGCACCCACGGCUUCGUCCCGGCUCUGCAGGAGGACGCACGCAACCAGAGCGCGGAGAUGUCCCCUCUGGGGACGCCGAGCGGCCCUCCUGGCCCAGGGCGUCCGGCUCCGGCCCUGGCCGAGCGCGCCGCGCGGAUCACAUGAGGCUCGGCUAUCUUUAGCCGGAGGUAUUUAUAUUGGGAGUUAGCGGCUGCUCGCUGGCGGGGAGCGCAGCGGAGGGGUCCCCGCCGCCCGGGCGCCGAGGAUGACUCCGGACGAGGCCGCCCGGCCGGCGGCCCCGGACAGGGUGCGUAUCCGCGUGGAGGAGCAGGUCUUCUCGGUGGACAAGAGGCUGCUGGUGGAGCACAGCGAGUAUUUCCGUGCCCUGUUCCGGUCCGGCAUGAAGGAGAGCACGCAGGACGAGCUCCGGCUGCACGGCCUGAGCGCGGCGGGCUUCCUCGUCAUGCUGCGCGUGCUGGCCGGCGAGAGGCCCGUGCUCAGCGGCGAGGAGAACCUCAAGGCCGUCGAAUGCGCCGCCUUCCUGCAGGUGAAGCCCUUGGCCAGGUUCCUGGUCCAUUCCGUCAACUCCGACAACUGCGUCCUGCUCUACCAAGCCGCGGCCGUGUUCGGCCUGCCGGACCUCUUCCGCAGCGCCGCCCUGUACAUCAGGGACAGCUACGCCGAGCUGCAGGAGGACCUGGACGGGCUCCCCGCCGAGCUGCUGGACUACGUGGAGUCCCUGCUGCCCAGCGCCCUCGUCGCCGUGGGAGCCCACACCCCCACCUUCGAGUUCCUCGAGGACCUCUCCAGAACCCUCUGCUACCUGGACGAGGACAGCAACACGUGGAGGACGCUGUCGUGCCUGCCGCUGGCGGCCAGCACGUUCCUGGCCGGCAUGGCGACCAUGGACAACAAGAUCUACAUCGUGGGCGGCGUCUACGGAGCCAGCAAGCAGGUGGUGGAGAGCAGCUUCUGCUACGACGCGGACGCGAACGCGUGGAGCGAGUUCCCCAGCCCGCACCAGCUCCGCUACGACGUCACGCUCGUGGGCCACGAGGGUUGUCUUUACGCCAUAGGGGGGGAGUACGAGAAGAUCUCGCUGAAGUCUGUGGAGAGGUACGACGUGUCCUCCCGCACCUGGACGUUCGUCUCCGACCUGCCGCAGCCCAGCGCGGCCACCCCCUGCGCCCAGGCCAUGGGGCAGAUCUUCGUCUGCUUGUGGAAGCCGCUGGACACGACCGUCAUCUACGCGUACGAGACCGAGCGGGACGAGUGGCUUCCCGUCACGGACCUCAGGAGGCCCCAGAGCUACGGGCACUGCAUGGUGGCCCACCGCGACAACCUCUACAUCAUGCGCAACGGGCCCUCGGACGAUUUCCUGCGCUGCGUCAUAGACUGCUUCAACCUGACCUCCCGCCAGUGGACCGCCCUGCCCGGGCAGUUCGUCAACAGCAAGGGAGCCCUCUUCACCGCCGUGGUCCGCGGCGACACGGUCUACACCGUCAACAGGAUGCUGACGCUGCUCUACUCCGUGGAGGAGGAGACCUGGAGGUUCAAGAAGGAGAAGGCCGGCUUCCCCAGGAGCGGCUCCCUGCAGACCUUCCUCCUGCGGCUGCCCCGGCGCGACCACGACAUCGCCACGUAGCGGGUAUCGCCUCCGCGGGGACGCCCCGGGGCCGGGGACAGCCGUCCGCACGCGCCGUGGCUCUCGGCAUCCGCCACGGCGGGGCAUCGGGGGCCGCAGGACCGCCACGGUCCAUCCCGCGGGAUGGCGACCAGACGCUGCCCACCCUGCUCGAGCCGGGAAGGACCGCGGCUCCGCUGCCGCCCGCCCCGACUGCCUCCGCCCCGGCUCGGCCGGGCGAUGCUCCCCGCAGCGCUCAGCCAGCUGUGCUGACAUCCCAGAUGUGGGCUGCUGCGCUAACAGCUGGCGGGGUCUGGCGACAGCGGCAGGUGAAAGGCCCCGGAGGAACCUGAAGGUGGUUUUUAUUUACGCUCCGAAGACGUGUAGCAACCCACUUGCUCUCUGUUUGGACGGGAAAUUUUUCAUUCUAUCCUGGAAUUAAAAGGCAAGCUUUAAAAAAGCCCCGUGUUUCUCAUUACUCCCCUUUUG